CGGAAUCGACCCUCGAGGAGGGGACUGAGCCUCCCAAGGCCAGGCCCCGUACUCUCAUAGUCACAGAGGCCUCUCCGGAUCCCGGUGCCUGUGGCAGAGCGGCCCGCGGAGAACCCGGGCUCUCGAGCCGCGUCGCGCCGUCGGGGCAGCGCGCGCCAUGGCCGGCUGCUGCUGCCUGUCCGCGGAGGAGAAGGAGUCGCAGCGCAUCAGCGCCGAGAUCGAGCGGCAGCUCCGCCGGGACAAGAAGGACGCGCGCCGAGAGUUCAAACUGCUGCUGCUGGGAACCGGUGAAAGUGGCAAAAGCACCUUUAUCAAGCAAAUGAGGAUCAUCCAUGGGUCUGGCUACAGCGAUGAAGACAGGAAGGGCUUCACAAAGCUGGUUUACCAAAACAUAUUCACCGCCAUGCAAUCCAUGAUCAGAGCCAUGGACACCCUGAGGAUACAGUAUGUGUGUGAGCAGAAUAAGGAAAAUGCGCAGCUCAUCCGAGAAGUGGAAGUGGACAAGGUCUGUGCGCUCUCCGGGGACCAGGUGGAGGCCAUCAAGCAGCUGUGGCAGGACCCGGGCAUCCAGGAGUGUUACGACAGGAGGAGGGAGUAUCAGCUGUCGGACUCCGCCAAGUAUUACCUGACCGACAUUGACCGGAUCGCAAUGCCGUCCUUCGUGCCAACCCAGCAGGACGUGCUUCGUGUCCGAGUGCCCACGACCGGCAUCAUCGAGUAUCCGUUUGACUUGGAAAACAUCAUCUUUCGGAUGGUAGAUGUUGGUGGCCAGCGAUCCGAAAGACGGAAAUGGAUUCAUUGCUUUGAGAGCGUCACCUCCAUUAUUUUUUUGGUUGCUCUGAGUGAAUAUGACCAGGUCCUGGCUGAGUGUGACAAUGAGAACCGCAUGGAAGAGAGCAAAGCCUUAUUUAAAACCAUCAUUACCUACCCCUGGUUUCUGAACUCAUCCGUGAUUUUGUUCUUGAAUAAGAAGGAUCUUUUGGAAGAGAAAAUCAUGUACUCUCAUCUAAUUAGCUACUUUCCCGAGUACACAGGCCCCAAGCAGGAUGUCAAAGCUGCCAGAGACUUUAUCCUGAAGCUUUACCAAGAUCAGAAUCCUGACAAAGAGAAGGUCAUCUACUCUCACUUCACGUGCGCGACGGACACGGAGAAUAUCCGCUUUGUGUUCGCUGCUGUGAAGGAUACGAUUCUCCAGCUCAACCUGAGGGAAUUCAACCUGGUUUGAGAGCUGCUGUGCACCCGCCUCCGUUCCAGGCUGGGCGAGCUCCUCCCCUGUUAUCUGCAAGUGUUUGUGACGUCGCCCACCCCCGGCAGCACCGAGCCCGUCAUGCAGGCCAUGGGACAGGUGACGGACCUUAGAUAUUUGAGUUGAGCAAACCUUUUCGAAGUCUUCAUUCCUACAUUGUUUUUAUAUUUCUUUCCUCGACUUUUGGCUCUAAGAUUUUGUGUAAGUUUUGAAUUGGAUAUUUUAUAGAAUUUUUAAAAGCCACUGUGAUUUAUGUUCUUUUUUUAAGUUAAAGUGUGUUUAAUAAUAGCCAUUAACGCAUCAUGUAACAGAGGGGUCUGUUAGUUUAUAGAUCAUACAUUGAGACCUCUAGGAUGAGUUUCGGUGAUAUUUUUAAAAAAGAAAAUGAGUUUGAGGCUUUUUAUUAAAUCUUGUAAUUUUGAGAUUUUAAAUUGAGUGUUUUUCUCUCUUCAUGCUGAAGUAUACAUUUAAUGUGUCAUCAAAGAUUUUUUUUAAUACUUUUUUUUGUGUUAAAUAUUUCUAAGCCAAAUUAAUGAGUCUAUUAUAUCCAACUUGGUUUUGCCAUAAUUUGAUCACCAUGCCGCCAAAGCUGACAUAAAUGGGCUCUAGAUAGCAUAUAUGUUGUAAAAAAUGUGUGUGUGUACGCAUAUAUGACCAAGUCUUGCAAACUUAUGAAAUGGCUAAAAGCCUAAACUGUUUUACAAAUGUAAUUACCCCUGCCAAAGUUCUGAUGGCCACCAGUUUUGCUGUUUGAACCAAUGUAUGCUGUGCCUUUCUGAGGAGGCUAAGAAUAUACCAUUCUGCCAUUAGCAUUGAA